AUGCAGCCGCAUGACCUCUUUUUGGAGCCCUGUAUCGGCGACAACCCGUUACUGCGCACACCAAGUUCUUCCGGCGAGUGGCAACACGGCCAGUACUGGAUUGCUCUAGUUUCGGGUGCUCAGUGUUUCGGUUUUCUCUUAUAUCAGACCCCAUUAAUGGAUGCCGUACUGCCGGAACUUGUCGAGGCGCUGUUGAGUGAAGCCAAGGCAGUGCGGGUGGAAGCCAGACGCCUGCUACGUAUCAUCGCAGCCUGCCAAAAGAUCACGCUGACUGAUCUCUUAAAACCCUACGUCCGCCUUAUCAGCGACUGGUUGCCCCCGAAAAAUCGCCAAAACCGUCUUGCGAACCUACCUAUAACAAGUCAAGUUGCAGUCAUUGUAAGUCUAUUUCCGCCCCCGCCCCCUUGCACUGUCUUUGUGAAUUUUAACCGUUGUACUUACUUACUUACUUGA